GCAGGGGGGGAAGAGGGGUCUGUUGAUCCAUCAGAGUCAUGUCCUGUCCCAAAGACAGUUGUGCUCCAUUGGCCUCCCAUGUCGAGGAUGUCGGCACUCCCACAUCCGAUAUGUCCUCUAUUUUCCACAGGAGCGACAAAACACAUAGAAGUGGAGAGGUAGCACUGACGAUCGUUGGGGUGGUGGUGGCCAAGAGGGAGGAGAUGCGACUAGAGAGUACGAUGGCUUCUGCAGAAGGGCUGCGACUGGAGGCUGAUGCCUGGCUAUCUAGGCUACAUGAUGGCCGAGAGAUACUGCGGGCUAUGGCCUCUAUUCUUUUUCCCCAGCCCCUAUCUGGGCUGGAAGUUGAUUGCGGGGCGACCUUGGUGGUCAGAUGGGUAAAGGAGAUAUUACAGCGCAUGCAGGAGGUUGUCGAGCCUUUCGAGCAGGGGGCGGAGGUGGAGCUGGACACAUACAUCGACUGGCAGCAGGCACAAACGCUUUGGCAUGAUUGUCUCCAUCUCCUGGCGGAAGGCCGCGCGCGGGGAGCAGUGCUGAUUAAUUUGGGGAAGGAUGGGACAGAAUCUUCGCAGCUGCCAUCGACGACAGUAUCAACCACAACAUCGACAAUGACAGCCACUUCACCAGUAACUGCAGCAUCAAAAGCAAUGAGUACAUCAUCAAUGACAACUACCAAUACCAUCAGCAUUGACAAAGAUGUCGCUGCGGUCCCCGGUAUUGACGACGAUAUCAAUAAGGACAGCGGUGACAUCUAUUGCAACAUCGAUACAAACGACAUCAUCUUCGAUACUAAACGAAUGAUUACAUCAUCAAUGACAAUUGCCAAUUCCAUCAUCAUUGACAAAGACGUCACUGCGGUCCCCGGUAUUAUCGACGAUAUCAACAAGGACAGCGGUGGCAUCCACCGCAACACCGAAAAAAACGACAUCAUCUUCAAUACUAUUGACCAGGAUGGCAACGCUGUUCCUUUUACCAAGCACGAUCACAAGAAUGACUGUGGUAGCAUCUUCUAUAACAAUAUCAUCAUUUCUACAGGAAUCUUGAAGGACGACUGGGCCAAAGAGGCAGAUGGAGAUGUCGAACGAUUGUCUUGCACUCUUCAGGAAGGGAAGAUGGAGGAGAGCGAGACCAAGAUUGCCCUCCUCCUCUCCCAUUUCACGGACCUCCUGGCGACAUGCAUCGCGCAGCAGGAGAACAUUCACAGCCUCGAUGCCGAAGUCAAGAGUGUUCGCAGUCGCGUACAGCAGCUGGAGCAACGACCAGCCGCCGCCCCUGUGGCAAGCUCCUCCAACACAUUAGACCGCCUGGACGCAUUGGAGACUGAUGCCAGCACACUCAAGGACGGCGCACGACUACAACAAACCGCUACUCAACAAUUGGAGCAGCGGGUCUGUGCUACCGCCACCAGCCUGAGUUCGGGACAGCGCGAGUCAACUCCCAAGUUUGACGGUCAGGAGAUCUUCUGCGAUUCAACAAAGACGGAUCCAGUUCAGUGGUUCCGCAAGUUUGAACUCACGUUGCAGCUGCACCUCGUCAGCGAAUGCAAGCACCACGCAUACUUAUACUACCUGUCGGGAGGCGCAUGCCAGACAUGGCUGGACAAUCUCUUGUCCCAGUACGGGUUGGUCGCUGCCGAGUUACACACGAAGAUUAACUGGGAAGACCUCAAGGUAGCAUGGCACAAGCGGUUCCAAGUGGAGCCGCCGGAGAUCAAGGCCAUGGACAAGCUCAUGACCUUCGAGCAAGGCUCGCUGCCAAGCGUCGACUGGAUUGCCAAGUACCAACGCUUGACAUCCGUCCCAAGUCUCCCGAUGGGCUUCAAAGCCAUCAAGCACUGCUUCAUUUCGAGGUCGUGCCCGACGUUGAGCAACGCCUUGACGCAUGACUAUGUUGCCCGGCUCGUUCCGGCGUUGGGAUCUUUUGCUCAAGGACAAGACGUGUGUGCGACAUCUUCUCCGUCCGGCAACGGUUCUUCUUCGUCUUCAAGUGAGUCUUCACGGGAUUUGGCGCGCGGGUUCAACAUAGAGGAAUUGGACCCGCUCAAGUCUGGGGAUUUCGCAUGGCUUCCUCUCCCGACCACGGGUCGCUUACCGGGACCGCAAUGCGCAGCACUCUGUGCCCAUCUUCACAAGUACUUGUCCUUCUAUGCACCACCAACUUCGCCGACGGAUGAUGAGGUCGCGGUGGGGGACAUCUUGACAUAUGUUACCAAGGUGGCCCGCGAGUUUCGCACGCAGCGGUACGAUGACAAUAAUGCACCGCUGAUGUAUGUUCACAUCCAAGUUGGGCAGGCGUCCUGCAGCGCUUUGCUGGAUAGCGGCGCGACUCGCAACUUCAUGAGCCAAACUUUUAUGCAAAGGGCUGGCCUCGGCGCGCAGGUUCGGAGGAAGGCAAAUCCGACGGCGAUCAAGUUGGCGGAUGGAAAGACGCAACAACUUCUCGACCGUUACACCGAGGCCGUACCGGUGUACUUCGCACCUCAUGCAUGCGAACCGGUCACGUUCGACAUCUUGGACACGGACUUCGAUAUCAUUUUGGGAAUGCCUUGGCUUGCAAGUGCGGAUCACACGUUCGCCGACAUCUUCGAGUCACCUACCGGUGUGGUGCCGGAUCGGCCGAUCUCUCACGAGAUCAUUCUUGAGGCCAGUGCCGUGCCGCCGAAAGGUUGCAUCUAUCGGAUGAGCGAGGAGGAUCUGGAGGUCCUUCGCGCACAACUCGACGACUUGUUGGCUAAGGGCUGGAUCCGCCCGAGCAGCUCCCCAUAUGGAGCACCAGUUCUCUUCGUAAGGAAGAAGAACAAGGAUCUACGUCUGUGCAUCGACUACCGCAAGCUCAACGCGCAAACUGUGAAAAAUGCGGGGCCUCUUUCUCGUAUAGACGAUCUUCUUGAGCGACUGGGCGGUGCUAAGUUCUUUUCCAAGUUGGACUUGAAGUCGGGUUAUUAUCAGAUUUCGAUACGCCCGAAUGAUUGCUACAAGACCGCAUUCAAGAUGCGGUAUGGGCAUUUUGAGUGGGUGGUCAUGCCUUUUGGCCUCACCAAUUCCCGGGCAACCUUCCAGGCGGCCAUGACCCACGAGUUUCUUGCUAUGUUGGAUCGGUUCGUGCUGGUCUACCUAGACGACAUUCUCGCCUACAACCGGACUCUGGAGGACCAUCUUGAGCAUCUCCGAUGUGUGUUGGAGAUGCUCCGCCGUGCCAAGUACCAAGCCAACCGCGACAAGUGCGAGUUUGUCCGGCAAGAGCUUGAGUACUUGGGCCAUUUUGUCACACCAAAGGGCAUCAGCCCGCUAUCGGAGAAAAUUCAAGCUAUCCAGGAGUGGCCGGAGCCGCGUAACGUCACAGAUGUCCGUUCGUUUCUUGGUCUUGCCGGCUACUAUCAGUGCUUCAUCAAGGGCUAUUCGAAGAUCGCGGCCCACUUGACCAAGCUUCAAUGCGAGGAUCGGUCGUUUGACUUCGACGAGGAUGCGCGAUCAUCUUUCUUGGCUCUCAAAGCUGCACUUUUGUCAGCGGAGGUCUUGCGAAUCUACGACCCGCUAUUGCCCACACGCGUCACUACUGACGCGUCCGACUAUGGUAUUGGCGCUGUCCUCGAGCAACACGAUGGCGUGGACUGGCACCCGGUCGAGUAUUUCAACAAGAAGGUGCCCGCCGUGCACUCUAUUGAUGACGCGAGGAAGAAGGAAUUAUUGGCCUUCGUACACGCACUCAAGCGCUGGCGGCAUUUCCUUCUUGGUAGACGGCAGUUCCGAUGGGUAACGGACAACAAUCCCUUGGUCUUUUACAAGACCCAGGACACAAUCAACAGCACCAUUGCCCGGUGGACGGCCUUCAUUGACCAGUUUGACUUCUUCCCCGAUCACAUUCCGGGCAAGUCAAACCGUUUUGCGGAUGCUCUUUCACGACGUCCGGACCAUUGCACCACCGUCUACUCGACUUUCGAGAUUGAUAACGACUUGCGGGACAAUUUUAUCCGCGGCUACCAGGCCGACCCCGAGUUUCGUGACAAGUACGCAAAUUGUUCCUUGCCCAAUCCGGCACCUUCUCACUAUCGUAUCCAGGAGGGAUAUUUGCUUGUCCACUCGCGGGGGAAGGAUCUUCUUUGCGUACCGAGUGACCCUCACUUGCGUACACGGCUUCUUGGCGAGUUCCACGAUGCUUCCGCCACCGGACAUUUUGGCGUCAAUCGAACGAUUGGCCGACUUCGCGAGCGAUUUUGGUGGCCCGGUCUUCUCGACGACGUCACACGCUAUUGCGAGUCAUGCGAGAUUUGCCGACGUUGCAAAUCCCGCAAUCAUCGUCCGUAUGGCGAGUUGCGACCACUACCGGUUCCCUUGCGCCGACGGGAGGCGAUUGCCAUGGAUAUCACUGGACCAUUCCCCAAUCACAAGACCGGUGUGGAUGGGAUUCUCACGGUAGUCAAUCGACUCACCAAGUUUGCCAUGUUUUUGCCUUGUCGCUAUCAUGCCAAGGCAUCUGAGUUGGCCGAGAUUCUCUACGCCGCUCGCCACCCUCAGACGGAUGGCCAGACGGAGAGGGCGCACCAGACGGCACAGGUUCUCCUUCGCACUCUCAUCCGUCCCGAUCAGAAGGAUUGGGUUGAGCGGCUGCCGGAUGUCGAAUUGGCCUACAAUUCGUCCAUCCACCCGGCUAUUGGGAUGUCGCCUUUCGAGUUUGAGCAUGGCUCUCCGGUCACUUCUCUGUUGGACACCACCGUUCCACGCACGGCCGAGAGCGACGACCAUCUCCUUUUCUUGCGUCGGAUGCAAGAGCUUCUUGUCAAGGUACGCAAUCAGAUGGAAAAGACGCAGCAACGCAUGAGCCAGCAGGCCAAUCGCCAGCGUCUUCCUUGUCCAUUCCGCGUCGGCGACCUCGUGUGGGUUUCCGCCGCGGAAUUCAGCGUUGAGCAGGAUAUCUCUCGCAAGCUCCUCCUGAAAUUGAUGGGGCCAUGGCCGAUUGUAGCACCUGCUGGGGAUGCACCUGAGGGGCCUUCCUUCACAGUUCAGGUGCCCGCCCACUUGCCCGUCUACCCGGUUUUCCAUUGCUCCAAGUUGACGCUGUACACACCAGCAGACCAGGAUGACUUUCCCGGGCGACGAUCGCAAGACCCACCCUCUAUGGACGGCUUUCAGGAGGCAAACAACAACAACAACAACAACAACAACAACAACAACAACAACAACAACAACAACAACAAGGAGAAGAAGAAGAAGAAGAAGAAGGAGAAGAAGAAGGAGAAAAAGGAGAAGAAGAAGAAGAAGAAGAAGAAGAAGAAGAAGAAGAAGAAGAAGAAGAAGAAGAUGAAGAAGAAGAAGAAGAAAGAAGAAGAAGAAGAAGAAGAUGAAGAAGAAGAUGAAGAAGAUGAAGAAGAAGAAGACAAAGAAGACGACGACGAAGAAGAAGAAGAAGACGAAGAAGACGAAGAAGAAGAAGAAGAAGAAGAAGAAGAAGAAGAAGAAGAAGAAGAAGAAGAAGGUGAUGAUGCUGAUAAUCGCAUGGCCCACAUUGGUUUACUGGACUACCUCAGCGCCUCCCCCAUUCAGGUGGUAGAUGCCCUCCCCGACUGGUACUGGGAUGUCAUUGCAGAGAUGGUGGCCGCCUGCCCUCCCAUGGUGGAGACGGUCAAUGCCUUCCCCUCCCUCCUUCAGAUUGACUGGCCCCAUAGUCUCCACCUUACCAGGGGGGUCGUGAAGAAAAUGAUCCGCAGCAGCAUCUUUAAGAUACAACCGGGAGAGGAGAACCAGAUCACCAAAACUGAUGCAGAUUUUGCAGUAAACCUUGAGCCAGACCUACUUCUAGAAGACGAGAGUAGAGACCAGCAACUACAGUCAACGUCAGAAGAGACUCCGGAAAGGUCCCAACAUGAUUUGGUGGCGGGGGCUUUUGCUUCUACAUCUGGUGCAGGAGACGAACCAGUGUCAUUGGUAGAGUCAUUGUCAAACACUCACUUCGCAUCCUUAUCAUCGCCAUCGUCAUCAUCUGCAGCAGGGGGCACAGUACCUGUGAGCAGCUUGGCUCUAGGAUCCUUGUCUGGGGUGGGGUCUCCUUCCCCGGUCCAUGGCAGCCUUGCAUACGGAGGACAUGGCGGGGGAUCCUCUCACAGAUGGCCAGGUGCCAGUGCGCCCACUGACGCCACAGCAGUAUGUGCAAGUGGCAGUGGAGGUGCCACGGGAGGAACCAGCACCAGUGGGAGCCGGGGGGGUGGAGGAGGAACUACGACAGGUGGAGGAGACGAUGAGACACUUCUUGCCGGGACAAGCGGUGGAGAGGCAACCAGUAGCGGUGAGGGAACAAGCGGGGUCGGUGUUGCAGCAGGAGGUGGUGUCACUUCGUCUGCUGCAUCCGGGGGUGCAGUUGGCACAUCAAGCUCAGCGCAGGGUCAGUCUUCAGCAUCAGGAUCGGGACCCGGCCCAGGUUCGUCUCCAAGUGGCCGUAGCAUGAAAAAGCCAAGGCUUGUGUGGACUGCUGAGCUACAUUCACGCUUUAUGAAUGCUGUCAACCACCUCGGUGUAAAAAAUGCUGGGAAAGGAGAGGCUUCUGAGGCAAAGCCUCGGAUUCCGUUUGACCCUUUAGAGGUUGAGCUGCGGGCCCAGCAGGAGAAACUUCUGCAGCAGGUCCAGGCAGUUGAGUCCCUAAAGUCUGAGCUGAAGAAGAAAAAAGAAGCUACUGAGAAGGAGGUCAGGAGAAAGUUGUUGAUUGCAGAUGUGGAGAAGAUCAGGACAAGUGAUAGGGUCACUGUUCAAAGAACCUACCUGAGUGGGUUCAAAUGUGACGAGGAUGUGAAAGUGUCAACCAUCCUUGCUCGUCUGGAGAGGACUGCACUGGAAUGGUGCACCUCUACCUCCAGCAAGCAAGGUAUGGAGGUGUCUGAUUGGGCGCAGAGGUUGGGGGUGACUGGAUUUCUGCAUGCACUGCAGGACCGGUUUGUAGACAAGGAGCAGGCCAGAAAAGCAGCAGACAAAAUUUUGCGUCUGGGCCAUAAAAAGUUAGAUGGAUUCUUGUCCAAACUGUACUCCACCUUUGAGAGUCUGACAUCGACUCCUGGGUUGGAGAUGAGUGAGCAGGAUCUGCUCAUUCAUUUCCUCAGGGCAGCGCCAGAGCAAUUUCAGCUUCCUUUAUUCUCUCAGGGCCACAAGGACUGGCGGUCCUUUGGCAGAGCAGCCCUGGACUUGGAGUCCAAACUCCAUGUCCAGAAAGCACAUUCUGAAGGAAGGAAGGGACCCUCCUCAAAGGGCCACAGAAGGAGGAAGGGUGCCCUGUUUGCUGCUGCAGCCUUGAGUUCAGAUGAUGAUGCAACAUCCCAGGGUGGGACCCCUCCAUCUGGGACUGCUUCCUCAUCUGCUGCAUAUCUUGUUCUUGCCCUAGUUGAUGCUUUGAUGAGUCUGACCAAGGGUAAAUCUCAGGCUCAGAAAGCACCAACCAGCAGUAAGGGGAAAGGGUCCUUCACUUUUGAGGACUCUGAGUUGGAUGAGACGUGGGAGGAGGAGGAUGCUCAGUGCCUUGCUGAUCUUUUCCUGUCCUUGCAGGAGAAGAAAAAGCAAAGGUCAGAACUCAUCCUGCUUCGACCUUCUAUCCUGGGAGCCAAGAUCAAAGGGCUCUUAGACUUUGGGGCUACUCGCAAUUUCAUGUCUCCCAAGGCAGUCAACAAGUUGCACUUGAAUCAGAGAUUGGUGAAAUUACGACAGCCUAUAGAGGACUGGUCGCGACCUGCUAACAUUCGUGAUGUCCGGUCAUUCUUGGGACUUGCAUCUUACUAUAGGAAGUUCAUCCAGAACUUCUCUUCUAUUGCAGCUCCCUUGACUGAUCUCACAAAGAAAGACACUUCCUUUCUUUGGACAUCAGAAUGUCAAGAGGCUUUCACAUGUCUCAAGGAGACCUUGAUUCGUGCCCUUGUCUUGAAGUUACCUGACCCUACCCUGCCUUUUGUGCUUACCACUGACGCUAGACAGUAUGGUGUAGGAGCGGUACUUCAACAGGAUGAUGGGAAUGGUCUGCAGCCUAUCGAGUAUAUGAGCAAGAAGAUCAAAACAAAGAAGUUGCAGGACUCUACCUAUGAGAAAGAGUUGUAUGCUCUUAUCUCAGCGCUCAAGCAUUGGAAGCACUUCCUCCUGGGCAGGUACUUCAAGAUCUUCUCAGAGCACUCCACCUUGGAUUUUAUGCUCCAUCUUUGCUCUAGAAGAACUGGGCAACCCAGCCAGUUUCCUCAACAGGGAAAGCAGAGCAGAAGGAGCUUUUAAGGCACCCUAUGGGCAAUUUGGAAACGGAGAUGUACAGCAAACUUCAACGAUAUCAGCGUCAAGCCCGAGAACCCCCUCAUCAUCAUCAAACAAAUCAUCGAAACAGAGAUACAGGCCAUAUGGAAUAAAACAAAAAAAAAACAGUUUCAGGAAACACCGGGUAAAAGAAUAGAAAUCAUCAGGAAAUUCACGACCACAAGGCUAGGCAAUGGAAAACUAGGCUCAAUCAAGGGAGAUAGACUGGUCCUCAAGGAUUGGCUAGUCAUACCAACACAAAGCGAUCAUGAGCCGCUCACCUCCCUAAGGACUACUUCAACCCCUCCGCCAGUUGACUCCAACACAUUGCCCGAAGAUGCAGCAGAUUAGAGGAUCCGAGCCCGAAGAGCAAAUCUAGAGCCAAACCCACAACAAGAUUAAGACGACAUGAUAGAUCCCAUACCAAGGCACCUCCCAGCACAGGACCUUCCCCUAACAAAUCCAUCACCCCCUC